UUCAAGGAUUCGCAAAAGUUCUUUAAAACCCUCGUUCUCUACAAUAGUAUACGGCUUCAAAUCGACAGCUACCAUUAUCCCAAUAGCGCAAGUGAUUGCCUUCGCAGUCACGAACGUUUGCUGGAGAUUCGGCUGAGUGAAUUGUGGAAGAUGACGAUGCGCUACACACUUUAAAAUGAAUCCACAAUGGCCCACCUUCCAUGACUUAGCUUUCGCAGUGGGGGGCUUCCACAACUCACAACUUGGCAACAUUUUUUGCAUGUGGUGACUGCAGGAUCGAAGCCUCCGUUGCACGCACAGAAGAAUCAAAUGACGAGUCACUGGUAUUCGGUGUGAUAUUUCAACUAAGCGCGUAUCAAAUCACAAUUAAUCAGUGCUAUAUUGUACUCUUUGAAUGCUGCAGUGUGAAUAUGGCAUAAAUAUCCUAAAUCACCAAUGUAAUAUCACACAAUACAGUCAAUACUGAUCAAUGUCUGCCUUUGUGAAUGCACUCCACGUACUGACCGGGCAGUUCAAAAUGAGUCUCUUUUAUUCGCUCAUCUUGCUGUACACCACCGCUAUGUAUUUGCCUCUUACAACCAAGAACGUCGCGCACGCAAAUCCGACGCAAAAUUCGACGCAAAAUUCGACGCGAAAUUCGACGCUUCAAAUUCUAAUUUUGGGUGGCAAUGGCUUUAUCGGAAGCUCGCUUGCGGCCAAGUUGCUUUCAAUUGAGAGCUACAAUGUGACUAUUCUAAAUCGUGGACGGUAUUACUUCGAUUCUAAGUCUCGUAUUGAUCCGUACGUACGACGGAUGGUCUGUGAUCGUAGUGACAUUUAUAAUUGCACCGAGCUUGUAAAUUCGACACAGUAUUACGACGCUGUCGUGGAUUAUUCUUCUUAUUAUAUGGAAGAUAUGCAGGUAUAUAUAAAAUUUGUUAAUUGCCCAAUUUAUUCCUUCUAUAACUCGGGUAAACGUAGCGCUGUUGGCCUGUUGUGGCUGCCUCCUCCGCAGGCCCUUCGUUGGGCACAGUGCAAUGCAAUAGCAAUCUAUAUAGAUCAGUGGCUGUGAUAUCAUUGCCGGGCAAUGCAUGAUGGGAUAUUGAAAUAUGGGAAUUGCAAUCUAUAUAGAUCAGUGGCUGCAUGCAAGCUCUAUGAAUAGUAGCCCGGGCAUAGCAGGCGUGCCGCCUGAGCGAUCGAACCCGCGACAGAAACCUUGGGAUAUAGACUCAUGCCUCGCUGUUUAUGAGUCAGGGUUAGCGGUUAGGGUUAGGGUCAGGGUGAGUAUUAGGGUUAGCAUUCAUAAAUAGCGAGACAUGAAUCUAUAACCAAACCUUGUCUGGUCACACUGAUUUAUGAUUGGUUACUCAAUAAUUAUGUAAAGUAGGUGAUUUCCAUAUUACUAUUUCAAAAUUACAUCAAAGGAUCAUUAUGUUAAUUAUGGUCAAGAUUCGGAUUGCAACUCAUUUGAGAUUCUUAGUGGUAAAAAAGCAUGGUUUCGAGUGCCAAUUUGAGUUUUUCACAAUUAUAUUUUUAUUCACGUGAAUAACAUGAAGUAAUGAAGUAUUAAUGUCGAAUUAACGUGUUUAAUAAUUUACAUCAAUUUAGAACAUUCUACACGUUCUACGGGCAAGAUUUGGCCGCUAUAUUUACAUCAGUUCAGACUCAGUGUACGAAGUGUGCAUAAAGACUCCCCAUGGGGGACCCAGUCGGGAAGAGGAUGCCAUUAGACCACGCGACCCGCGCGAACGACACGAACUAAAUAUGGCUGAUUACUAUGGUCACCAAAAGUUGGCAUGCGAAGACGUUCUUCAAAAUGAACGAAACUUAAAUGGCAUAAAUUAUGUCUCCCUUCGUCUGCCUGACGUCAUCGGCCCACGUGACACCACAAACCGGUUUUGGGAUUAUCAUAUCUGGUUACUGACCCACCAACUCGAUGGUUCAUUUGGGCCAGUGCAUUUAAACCCGAGAGAAAAUAAACUAAUUAGUUUGGUUUACUCAGAGGACCUGUCAGACCUAAUAAUCAAACUUCUGGAAGUUGAACUUUAUAACGUUUAUAACGAAGCUUAUAAUGUUGCUUUUGAACCGGUUACCCUUGAGGGUUUCAUAGGGAUAAUGGGGGAGUCUUUAGGGGUAGAUGUGGUUUUUAACAGGACAGAUCAAGCAAAUGUACAUUGGUAUCCCUCCGUGACCCGUGGCCCGGUUAAUACGACCAAAAUUUCAGAGAAAUUGAAUUGGAAGCCUUCCCCUUUUAACGUGGCUGUUAAAUCGUCGUGCGAGUUUUUCCGGGGGGCAAUGUCAGUCCCUGAGUUUGAGAAACGACGCGAUGGUAUUUUGAAAAGAUAUUUACCAAAUAAUGAUGCGAGGGAAACGUUUUUGAAGGAUGAAUUGAACCGCGUUUCUCGUGAAGAACUAUGAACCGAAAUUAAAAGAUAGGGUACAGUCCGGUCUGCGCAUGCGCGCAUAGGAGUCUCCUGCCGUGCUAUAUAAACACUUAAUUAGGUUUUUAUUUCAUUUUAUGUUCUUGGCAUUGCAAAUCCUGAUUGUUGUAUCUUGAUCAUUUAUUAUACUGUAAAAGUAUAAGAAUAUAAAUAGUUGUCGAAUAUCAAUAUUUUGAAUACCGAAAUGUAAACAAAGGCUUUGUUUACAUACGGACUGUACCCUGCCUUGAACUUUUAAUGCUAGCUUUAGACAAUAAAACUUUAGAAUGUCAAAAACGAUUUACAAAUAAAAUAUACUACAAAGGUCGAGCUGCUAAAAAAUCCCUGAUUCCCUGCUUUAUAACCAGCCUAGCACUAGGAUAAUGAACAAAUUCUAGUCCACGGCGAUGAACACAGAUGAAAACAAAAUAAA